AUGAUGCAUAAUGAGCCAAUCCAAACACUUCCACUAACACCAACACAAUCAAAUGGGGCAUUUCUCGAUUUCACUAAUCAAGAACAAGCAUCAUCGAUAGAUAUUGUAAAUCCAGUCAAUCAGCAAUAUUCAAAUUUUAUUCAUAAUUCUUAUCCAAUACCACAAGAACAAUUCUAUUCAUCGGCUUAUUCGUAUCCGUAUCAUAUACCGUAUUCAUCAUUAACUAUUGAUUCGAAUAUUGACGAUAAGCCUCAUUAUGAUAAUCCACCGAAAUUAACAAUAAAAGGAAAAAAAAUUCGUAAACCAAGAACGAUCUAUUCGAGUAUGCAAUUGCAAGUGCUUAAUAAACGUUUUCAACGUACACAAUAUCUGGCACUACCCGAACGUGCUGAAUUAGCUGCAUCGCUUGGUCUCACACAAACACAAGUGAAAAUUUGGUUUCAAAAUAAACGAAGUAAACAAAAAAAAGUUGUUAAAAAUGUUAGUCAUCAUUCGUCGUCGCCUUCUUCCGAACCCUCUAACCCGAAUUUAUCACCACAUCAUCGUGCAUCACGAUCGAUAAACAAUAAAUCUACUGAUUCUAUGUUUUUAGUAAAACCCGAACAACAUCAACCAAUAUCAGCACCUUCAUCAGCCAAUUCAAAUUCAUUUAUGAUUGACGCUACAUCAUCAUCAUCACACGGACACGUGAUGGACUAUGCAAACCAUCCAAAUAGCUUUUGGUCUUUGCCACGAUCGCUGCCACCUCCGUAUUCCACUAGUUAG